AGAUCAUCACACUGUCUGUUCUAUAUUCCUUUUGCAUUUGCACACAAACAGACAUGGCUCGUCUAGAUGUCACGGAAACUUUUCACAACAUCAUGUUUCCUGGGCACAUGCAUACUAAAGACUCAUUGAAUUAUGCGAUCAACUUCCAAUUUCAGGACACAGAUACUGUAAUUGUCACCUACCCAAAAUCAGGAACCACGUGGAUGCAGGAAAUCAUCACUCUAGUUUUAGGUAAAGGGGACCCAACAAUUGCCCAAACUCAGCCCAACUGGGCCCGUGCACCAUGGCUUGAGCAGUACUACUGUGUUGAUGUUCUAAAAGCCUCUACCGGGCCUCGUAUUAUUACAACACAUCUGCCUUACCACCUGCUGGCAGAGGCUCUACAAGACUCCAAAGCAAAGGUUAUAUAUGUAGCCAGAAAUCUCAAAGAUGUGUUAGUUUCAUACUAUCACUUCCACAAGAUGGCCAAUUUUCUUCCUGACCCAGGCACUUUCUCUGAUUUUCUGAAUGAUUUCCUGAAGGGUGCAGUGCAUUAUGGCUCUUGGUUUGACCAUGUCAACGGCUGGACAAGUCACACAAAAGAUAUCCACAACUUUCUUUACAUCACGUAUGAGGAAAUGUGUAAGGAUCUUCACGUGUCUGUUCAGAAAGUGAGUCGUUUCCUGCAGUGUAAUUUAACUGAGGAUGAGCUGAUGCUUGCUCAGAAGCACUGUAGCUUCAAUAGCAUGAAGGAAAAUACCAUGGUGAACUACACUCUCAUCCCUCAGGAGAUCAUGGACCACAGCAAGGGCAAGUUCAUGAGGAAAGGUAAAGUCGGAGACUGGAAGAACACAUUCACUGAGGAGCAGAGUCGUCUUGUUGAUGAUGUGUACUCUUCACAGAUGACAGAUUCCUCACUGCUGUUUAAAUGGGAAUGCCCUGAGAAAAGUGUAAGGCCCUUGAUGGCCAAUAAUACUUCUGAAUCCCACACACCCAGAGAGAUAGUUCAACUCACAUAACCCCUCAUCCCUGAUAACAUUCUUCAAUUUACAUUUGAGUAUGUUUCUAAUAUUUUACACUGAAAUGCUCAGUAAGUGGGUAAGCUAAGGUAUUUCAUUGUUUUCUGGGUGCUUUUUUUUCUACAUGGUCAAAAACUACAUAUAUAUAUAUACACAUAUA